AUGGCGCCGAAAUCCUGUGCUUUAUGUCAUAACGCCAAAGCGAUCCUGAAACGACCAAAGACCGGUCAACAGAUCUGCAAGGACUGUUUCUUCUUCGUGUUUGAGGAGGAAGUCCACAAUACUAUCACCGAAGCGCAACUAUUCAAGACUGGAGACCGUGUAGCCAUAGGAGCCUCUGGAGGCAAAGACUCGACUGUACUUGCAUACGUUAUGAAGGCGCUCAACGAGCGGUAUAAUUACGGCCUGGAUCUAUAUCUGCUGUCCAUAGACGAAGGUAUCACUGGUUACCGAGACGACAGCCUAGAGACAGUCAAGCGCAACCGGGACCAGUACGCUAUCCCCUUGAAGAUCUUAUCAUACGACGAAUUAUAUGGCUGGACGAUGGAUCGCAUCGUAGAGACUAUUGGGAAGCGCAACAAUUGCACGUUCUGCGGGGUGUUUAGAAGGCAGGCUUUGGAUCGCGGCGCCGCAGCAUUGGACGUCGACCACAUCGUCACCGGUCACAACGCAGACGACAUUGCGGAGACAGUCUUGAUGAACAUCAUGCGUGGUGAUAUCGCGCGCCUGGGACGAUGUACACAGAUCUGCACCCAGGGCGAAGACACCAUUCGACGUAGCAAGCCGUUCAAGUACGCGUACGAGAAAGAAAUUGUGAUGUAUGCGUACUUUAAGAAGCUCGACUACUUCUCGACCGAGUGCAUAUACUCACCCGAUGCGUACCGCGGCCACGCACGCGCUUUCCUCAAGGAUCUUGAGGCGGCAAGGCCGAGCGCUAUUAUCGACAUCAUCCACUCUGGUGAAGCGUUCGAGGUCAGGGAGGAGGUGAAGGCCACACAGAAGAGCCAGCAGACAUGCAAGCGGUGCGGGUAUAUGUCCAGCAACGAGCUGUGUAAGGCAUGUACGCUGUUAGAGGGCCUGGAGCGCGGGAUGGCGUCGGCGGCAGUGACAGAUCGUGCGCGCAAGAAGAUGGAUGCAGAAGGGCCUGCACCGACAGACCUGCGUACCAUACCCGUAUUCCAUAGACAGGCAUCAGGCACGCCUAUAGCCUUGGAGGCGUCCGCGUAA